UUAUUUACACGAAAUUUUUUUCAGUACAGUAUUAAAAUUUAUGUUGUGUGUGGACCACCUGGGGAAAUGUGAAAGAGAAUUACUCGAUGUCGCUAUUACCCGAAGUGUAUUUGCGCGCGGGUUCACUCUCGGAAUUGGACUUCGAAUUGGAAACGCUUCACUCGCGUAAGGAAUUUUUGGAACCGUGUUGUGCAAUCCUGAACAAAGAAUGGCCAAGGUCUCGCGAAGCCAGGAUGCGUUCGUUGCAAGCGUCGAGCAGACAGUUUCCAGCGUCUCUGGUUUUAGUCGCCAAAGAAGACCACCGAACGUUUGCUGUAGGCCACUGCCGACUUUGCCGUGUUCUCGACUACCCUGAAGCGUGUUGGAUUGAAAGUGUUGUGAUUGACGAUCGUUUGCGUGGUCGAGGACUUGGAAAGCUGCUGAUGAUAAAAGCCGAGGCCGAAGCAGUGAAGUGUGGUUUUACGAAAAUGGCCUUGUCGACAACGGAUCGAGAGGGAUUUUAUGCAAAAUUGGGUUACUACAGGUCCCAUCCAGUCAACGCAACGUACAGUUCUGCGAAACUCCUUCAAGGCCCUGUUUCGCGAUUAUUCGGGACUAAGAAAGUGCGCGAUGAAAAUAACAAACCAGUUCAACGGAAUUGUGGUGAUGAACCAGGAAUCGGUGCGCCACCACCACCACCUCCUCCUCCUCCUCCUCCUCCUCCUCCUCCUGCUCCACCUGCUCCUCCACUUCAAGGCGAGUACAUAAUAUUUUUGGGGAUCAGUGUGAAGAACAACCCGUAUCCGGUGGAAAAAGUGUUCAUGAUGAAGAUGUUGUUGAGUGAAGUGCCGUGA